AUGCUGGAUAGAUGCCGUGGAGCCGUCGUCGAUAUCUGUCAGUUUUAUAGCCGUACGCAGCUAUUCAAUGCGUUCGGCUUUGGUGCCAUUAUUCCUGGACAGAAGAAAGUCUCGCCGGUUUUCAAUUUGAACCUCUCCUCAAGCUGCGUGGUGCGCCGCCUAGAAGGCGUUCUGAACGCCUACCACAAAUGCGUACCGCUCGUUCGCCUUUAUGGCCCUACCAAUUUCGCUCCGGUAAUCACAGAAGCAGCACGAAGAGCGGCUGAAGUACGCGAUGGUUCUCACUACCAGAUCUUCCUAAUCAUCACUGAUGGAGCAAUUUCCGACAUGUCAAGUACGAAGCGGGCCAUUAUAAAUGCUUCCUAUUUACCUCUUUCAAUAAUUAUUGUCGGAGUGGGCAAUGAGGACUUCAGCAGUAUGGCCGAACUCGAUUCAGACGACAUGCUGCUUUCACAUGACGGUCGAACCGCUCAACGAGAUAUAGUACAGGUAAUCGCAGUACCGAAAUCUCGACGUGAUUAUGCACGUGAUAUGCAGAUGUUCAUGGAAGAACCCGGUGUUCUACCAUUUCCAUUCCUCUCUGAUCCACCUGAAUACUAG